GCUAACUUAUAACUAAGAACAGUGUUAAAAUUAAUUAAUCCAAAAUAGUAAAACGACUUGUUGUUAUAUCGAGUGACCACUAGCUAAAUAAAUAUAUCUACAAGAUAACAGUAUAAUAAAAUGCAGAUUUACGUUGACUGUAAACAAGAUGAGAAGGGAAUACCUGAGUGGGCGAUUGUGGAACUACAGGGUCUCAUUCAGAUGAAAAAAGAAGGCGCAGCAGGUCCCACUGUCGUUGGUGACCUUCACUACUUCAACCGGAACCGUCACCCCGUCCUCAUCCUUGGACACCACGUCCUCAACGGCAAAGAAAUGAAACUUGAACAGCCAAUGGCGGUCCUCGAGAAGAUCACGAAAGACGAUAAAACUGAAUACAAAGUGAAGGCUAUUGUUAAGAAGAAAUUGUUGUUUAAGUCUAGACCUAAGCCCAUAAUAUCUAAUGUUGCUGAGAGAGUCUGAUUUUUGAUUAAAAUUUAUGUAAGUUUGUAAA